GUACGGAUUUGUUUAGGUUGAGAGGAUGCGGUGGUGGGGGGAGGAAGCGGCGAAGGCUGCUAAAAUAGCGGUGUGGUGGGACAUGGUUGAGUGUCCGAUACCCGAGGGAUUUGAUGCUCGUCGGGUCCGUCCGAGUUUAGAAGCGGCAUUCAAGAAACUUGGCUACUCUGGUCCUGUCUCCAUUACUGCCUAUGGCGACCAAACACACACCUCUGUUGACCUCCUGCGAUGUCUCUCUUCCACUGGAGUCGCUGUGUUGUACAUACCAGAUCCGCUAGCUGGAAAAAUUAAUAGAAUAAUCAGAGACACAGGCCUUCGGGAUCUAGGGCAGCUGGAACAAGAUCUUGUUUUUGGAGAUGCAGGUGCCAAGGACGUUAUCAACUUUCUGAGGACAAAUCAGGACACAAACCCGGAAAACAAAUUACGGCUAUUGAUGAUUUAUGCAACAGUGUACCCCGAGAAGUUUGAAGGUGACAAGGGUGUAAAGCUAAUGCAGCUUGCUAGAUUAUCACCUGUGGAUAUGAAGGUUAUAAGCAACAUGCAAUUGAUAGCUGGAUCUCCAGAAAACAAGGCUAAGUCCGGUAGUUUCUCCCUCAAAUUUGACGCUGGAAAGACAAAACAAGCAAACAGGAAAGAUCGAUCUGGUGAAGAAGAAACAUGGCAACUGUUCCGGUUUUAUCCCAUGAUAGAGGAGCUGCUUGAGAAACUCGUGAAAGGCGAUCUAUCUAAAAGCGACUAUCUAUGUAUGAAUCAAUCAAGUCAUAAGGAGGAGAGUGAACCAAGAACAGGGUCAGUAAGGAAGAGUUCUGCUCCUACAGCGGUUCCAGAGCGAAAAGCCACCCCUCAUUCUAUGAGAUCAAGACGAACUGCAACUUGGGCGCGUCCUCAGUCUUCUGACGAUGGAUACUCCAGUGACUCAGUGUUGAAAAGUGCUUCUACGGACUUCAAGAAGCUGGGGCAGCGCAUCUUUGUAUUCAUUAUUGGUGGGGCAACUCGAUCCGAGCUCCGAGUUUGCCACAAGUUGACAAGCAGUUUGAGGAGAGAAGUGGUACUAGGCUCCACUAGUUUCGACGAUCCCCCACAGUACAUCACGAAGCUGAAAUUGCUGUCGGAAAAAGACAUACAAGGGGCUCCUGCCCAGCCCUUCAAACCACAAUACUGGUGAAUUUGACACAGCUUGAGUCUCAAAAAUGUAUUUAGGAGAAGAAAAAAUAAGGCUAAUAAUUUUGCAAUUGAAAGAAGAGUGGAUAAGUAAAUCUUGUCCAGAGACAAGACUUGGGAUCAGGUUAGUAGAAACGUUAUGGUGAAGACUUUUUUUUUAUUGUUCUUGUUUCUCCUUGAUCCCAAACCCUCGCCUUUCGCUUAUUUUUAUUCUUCAUAUGGAUCAUUUUGGUUCAUACUCUAUAUACUUUUGUGUCACAAUUAAACUCUAUAUAUUAGUCUCUACGUCGUCGACUUAAUGGAAAAAAUGAAGAUGCUACCUUCUAAUUUCUUUUCUAA